UCCGUUGAGUUUUUUAAGGGGGGGCUAAGGGGCGAAUCACCAUAAGUACGAAAAGUAACGGUACGAAACAAAGUUUUCGGGCGGAAAUCGCCGAAUAAUAUCCGGAAAAUAACGAUAUGUCAUCCGCGAAGAAAUUCUGCAAUCUGAUUAGUCCAUAGGUAAGUCGGAAAAUUACGAUUGGACACGAUUUGAAAUGAUGUAGUUGUGAGCCUAAGCGGCCAAACAAAGAUGGCGUUUUGAUAAAAAAAAAAAACAACGAAUGGAAACAGAAAUGAAAAUAAUACAGCACUGAAGAUCAGCAACUUACGUUAACAGUAUGUAUUCAAGAUACAGGCAAUAUUUUUGAAUUUAUCUCUUGUAAUAACGAAUUAAAUAAAUAGUAAUCACAACAGACUAUGAACAUUUUCGUUGAUCAAACCUACGAAUGAUCUAGAUAUUGGGGGCUUCCGGAUUUUUUGUGUGUCGAGAUUUGUUAAAAUGUCAGGAGCAACAGUUACACGACGUCAGUUUUGUUCGAGUGUGCAUCGAAAAUAUGACUUUGCAAAGUGGGUGGUGUAAUGCCCAUCAUUUUAGUCGAAAAUUUUGAGCAGGAUCAGGAAGGAAACUGCUGAUAUGUUUUCCAUAUUUACAGUAGUGUACAUAUUUUGAUGUAUCAUACUGAGAUUAGAUGACGAGUUACUGACUGGGAAUUGAUAUUUGGAAAGGAAGACGAUGCUUCAGUUUGGAUGCUAGUGAACUGUCAGACAUUACGUUAGGUACCUUGCAAAUUGUAACUAGACCCACUGGCACCAGAGCACCAACCUGUGCUUUGAAUUUUGACAAAAUAAAUUAUAAACAAAGAUAAUCACAAAAGAAACUCAGAAACGUAGUCUUAUACGAUAUGCCCCAUUCGUACUUUCCCUAUAUUAACACUGAUAUAUACGGCAAUUUGACCACAUUUUUGGUUGCAACAUGAAGAUAUUUUAUUUUUCUAUCGAACUGCACAUUUGUUGUAAUCAGUUAUCGUUGCAUGUCGAAAAUACGCAUUUGAAAACAAGUGGUACCCUGAAUCUAGUUCAUUACCAUGUGUAAAUUUAGAGAAAGUAUGAAGGGGGCAUAUGAAUAAAUCUUUGAGUUUGUUUUUGGGUUAAAACUUAUUUUGACAACAUUCAAAGCACAGCUUGGUGUUCUGGUGCUGUACAAGACCUCACCUCAAAGUCUAUGUUUUAGUUUUCAAUUAAUAAAUGUUACAAAUUUUAUUUUAGAAAAUGGAGUUUGCAACGAACAAAGACAAUGCUCGUGACAUAGACAGCUCAGUACGGAACAAAUGGCGCUGGGACUGGCUUGAUAAUGACCUCAUGAAACAGUACCUUAGAAAGACAAAAUCACCUCGCCAGGCAUUCUGUACCAUAUGUAAUAAGACUCUUCAGUACCAGUCUGGUGGGAAGAAGGACUUGAAUAGGCACAUGGAGUCUAACCCCCAUCUCCAAGCCAUGAAGGCUGUCAAAUCAAACUACAGUUUGGAAGGUAUGUUGUUUGGUUCCAAAGGCAGUCUAAGUGAAGAAACCCCAACAGUAGUGGUACGUCCAGUGGUUCCAGUUAAUGAUAGGAGAAUGAACUCUGAAGCAAUGAUCCUUGGUUUCAUGGCAGAACAUGAUCUUCCAUAUUCAAUAGCCCCUCACCUAGUUAAGCUCACUCAGACUUUGGCUAAAGACCCGAAGCCGUUAACAGAGAUUAAACUUGAACGAUGCACUGCAUCAUACAAAAUGAAACAUGGUGUAGCGAAGCAUUUUGAGGACGAACUUUGUAAUGAACUACAGGACACAAAAUUCUGUUUGAAUUUGGAUGAAUCCACAAAUGUGAGUAAUGAGAAAAUAGUAGCUGUGCUGGUUAGUUACUUUUCUGCUGAAAGAAAUUAAGUUACUGUGAGACACCUUGAGUCCUUUAAAGUAAUUAAAGCAGACGCAAACUCUAUAUUCAUGAAAGUAGAGGAGAUGUUUGAGAAAUACAAUCUUCCAUGGAACAAUUUGCUAUCUGUAUUGUUAGACUCUUGCAACACGAUGAGGGGCAAAAAAUCAGGUCUAGAGGCAAGGAUUAGAGAAAAGGCUCCACACCUCCUGGAUAUUGACGGUGAUAGUGUCCACCAUGUGCACAAUGCUGCUAAAGCUUUCACAACCCCUUUCAAAUACUACUUGGAGUCACUGUUCAACUGCCUACAUAGCGAUUUUCAUUGGAGUACUGAUCUACGCAAUGAAUUGAAAUUGAUAUGUGAAAUACUGAACAUCAAGUUCACAGUCCCAGAAAGAUUUACAUCACAUCGCUUCCUCUCAGCCUACAACCUUGCUGUGGACACUGACAGGCUUCUGGAUGCAUACACAAUCUUCUAUACAGCAUUCUUAAAAACAGGAGAACAGAAGAAGUUUCAGUACCUGUACGAGAUCAUCCUAGAAAAAAGAGGAGUAUCUGAGACUAGCAAAGAAGAACUUUUGAAAAUCAGAAAGAGACUCUCUAAGAAGAAAAUGACAAAAGAUGGUCAGGAAAGGAAAGAAAAUGUUCUCUUGAAGUUAUUUGAUGAAAGGAAGAAAACUAGAAUGCUAUUAGGAGUCUACAUUGCUUCUCUGCACAGCCUGAAAGAAUAUGCUACGUUAUUCCAAAGUAAGGCUCCAAUGGUGCAUGUCCUGCAUGAUGAACAAGUUCGCCUUGUCCGAGAGUUCCUCUGCUUUUUUGUCAAACCAGAGUGCAUCCCACAAUCUGUAAAGAAUCUGAAGCUUCUUGAAUUUACGGAGGAUACCCUACUUCCAAAGAGGGAUAUGUUUAUUGGAUCAAAUGCCCAGAGGAUAGUAAUGAAGAGCAAAGCAAAAGACUACAUGGUAACAGAGGUGCUCGAGUCCAUAAGAACAGCAUAUGUAAAAAGCGGAAGUGUUCUUCUUAGAAAGAUGCCAAUUGACAACGAGUUCCUCCAGUGCUUGUCGGCCAUUGAUCCUGCAGCAAGAGGUCAUAGUAUGACAUUGAAGUUGCUGAAACGCCUCCCAUUCCACGUGUCACAUGUGUUGAGUGAAAAGGAAGAGGAAUGUUAUAUGAGGGAGAUUCACAGGUACCAAGCUGACCCUACUCUACCAGUCCCUAAAGCUGAAACACGAGUAGACCAUUGGUGGGCCUGUAGAAACGACUAUCCAAUGAUGCGAAAACUAAUGCUAGCACUACUGACAUGCUUCCAUGGUCCAAUGGUGGAGGGGGUGUUUAAUGUGAUGGGUGAUGUCAUGGACACUAAAUCAAGUAGUCUUGGUGUAGACUCAUUAAAUGCUAUUCAGAAUGUUAAAUCUGCUCUUAAAGCAAAGGAACUUUCCUCAGUUGAAUAUUUUGGUAGGGAAGAUACCCUUUAUACACCAGUUGUACCAGGACUUACAGCAUGUACGAGAACAGCUGGAAAGCAAAGGAAUCUUGAAUUAACCAAGAAACGGUGUGAAAAAGAUCAGCAGUGUGAAAAACUGGGAAUUUCAGACAAAAAAGUAGUAACUAAAAAGGCAGCACAGGAGCUGAUGUCAGAUAAUAUAAAAAGAGCACGCAUUGUGUUUCAAGAAAAGAAUGGUAAUUAAUGUUCCGAGACGCUUGUUAAUACACAUGGAUAUACAGUAUGACAGUCAAUGAUGAAUUUUUAAGAAUAUGGUUUGAAAAGUAUUUUGAAGGUUGAUGAUGGCAAUUUGAUUACUAGUUCAAGUUGUUCAUGUAUUGAUUGUAUGUAAUAGAAGAUGCUAUUACUUUAAUAUAUCAUUGUGUUGUUAUGUACAUGAUAUACCUGAAAAUUUAUUCUCAAAGAUUUAAGCUGAUGUGUAAUACGAUAGUUGUUUUUCAAUUAUUUUAUGCAUAUGUUUCAUCAGGCACUGCAUUCAUUUUCAUUGCCAGAUUUUAACCAAAUUGCAGUUAACUGUAAAAAUCACAGUUUAUAAACAUAAUAUAUAUAUGUUUGAGUUAAGAAAAUUCUAGUCCUAAUUCAGUUGAAAAAUGUUGUCAAGAUAAUGUAUGAUUACAUCUAGUCAUUAUUUAUUUCUCAAUAUGCAUAUUUUGUAAUGCUGCAAUGUUAUUUGUUGUUGUCAGUUCCUUUUUUCUCAGCAGUAUCAUUCUGUUAUGUUCUGUAAAUGUUACUAGAUCCUUUUUAUCAAUCCUGUAACUUUGGUCUAACAUUCAGUUUGGGCAGUGCUGUAGCAUUUAUUUAUCAGCCAUGUUACACGUGUUGUGUAAAUGUUAUUUCUAGCAAAACCAGCAGUUUUAGUUUUGUUUAUCAGAUGUGUUUCAAUGUUUUGUAUAAAUGUUACAGUAUUUCUAGCAGUACUACCAAUGAUCUCACAAGCUGAUUUUAUUUGUCAGUCAGGAUACUUUGUUUUGUACAAAUGUUAUUUUCUACAGAGCUGCCAAUGAUCUCACUAGUGCACCUUUUACUUAGUCUAUUAGUCAUGUUACUUUGUUUUGUACAAACGUUAUUUUCUACAGAACUGCCAAUGAUCUCACUAGUGCACCUUUUACUUAGUCUAUUAGUCAUGUUACUUUGUUUUGUACAAAUGUUAUUUUCUACAGAACUGCCAGUGAUCUCACUAGUGCACCUUUUACUUAGUCUAUUAGUCAUGUUACUUUGUUUUGUACAAAUGUUAUUUUCUACAGAACUGCCAAUGAUCUCACUAGUGCACCUUUUACUUGGUCUAUUAGUCAUGUUACUUUGUCUUGUACAAAUGUUAUUUUAGCAACACUACCAGUGAUCUCAUUAGUGCACCUUUUACUUAGUCUAUUAGUCAUGUUACUUUGUCUUGUACAAAUGUUAUUUUAGCAGCACUACCAGUGAACUCAGAAGUGCCAUUAUUUACUACUCAUGUACAUUUGUCUUGUAAAACAUUAUUUCUAGCAAUUUAAAUUUCUAUUUCAGUAACAACAGUUCAUGUCAUUGCCAUAUUUAAUAAAUUUUACUCCUUAAAUGAUGCUACAUGUAUUAAAUAAAUGUCACUUUUAAACAGAAGAGUAAGUUUUGACUUGUUCAUGUCUUUGCCAUUAUUAGUAAAUUUUACUUGUUAAAUGUUGCUACAUGUAUUCAAGAAAUGUCACUUUUUAGACAGAAGAGUAAGUUUUAACUUUUUCCAAUUGAGAAUUUCCAAGUCAUAAAAUCAUUGUAAAUUUCUAUAUUCUUUUACACGUAAGUGUUACAUUCAACUUACUUUGUUAUUUUGGCUGAAUGAAAUAAUUUAUUCAUUUCAUUGGAAUGGUCAUGUUAUAUGACUUUUUCUUGUUACUUAAAAAGUAUUUGAUAAGAUGGAAUUAACAUUUAUGUGCAUAUAAUACUCAUUGCUGUUUAUGCCAUUUACUAUGUACAAUACUUACAAGGUCAAGGUAUUUUACCUGUGAUAACUGAUAAUUUUGUUACAUGUAAUAGUUUGUUAGCAAAAUAAAGUUCAA